AUGAUGGCGCUUCACAAAGUAGUUGUCCCCAAACUGUCUGGGGUUCAUCGCUUUGCCUGCUUAGCUCUCUACCGAGGGCUCCUCCGACAAUGUGCCAAAUUACCAACCACAAUUCCCGAGCUCAAGACCCCUAGAUUCCUCGUCAAACAGAGGUUUCGAAGGUACAAGAGCCUUCAAAGCCCAUCUCAAACCAUCAAUGCGUUGAAGGCUGGAUACGAGGUACACUCAUCCCUUUUCCUUGUUCAGUUGAUCAAUGGCUCAAAUCUUUCUUUUCUUGAUAUGCAGGCCUUCGACCUCUUGCACUCGGCUGCCCAUGGGAACCAACGGGACGCACAACGUAUUACAGACCUCAUCACAAAAGCCGAAUCGAUCCAACAGCGGAAGAUCGCGGAGCAAAGUAAAUUAGUGAAAGCCACGCCCGUUAAACCUCCGACAAAGAAGCAACUUAAGAAAGAAGAAUCCCAACGUCAGCAAGAUCUCACUGCCCUUCGUCAUCCAGAUACGGAACCUAUACUUUCCCGCCCUCGUCCCGUUGUGAGUGGCAAGCGCCGAGUUCCUGUGCUCGUCAGUGCGCGUGGGCUUCCAUUUUUGCGCAUCAAGAAACCCCAGCCAAAGAACCUCAGUGGCGUGCUAAGGUCCAAACUCGAAAGGCGAUGGGGCUGGAUUGAGCGUCGCACUAGACUGGAGACGGAAAUACUCUUUGGCAAGGACGAAGACUACUGGGACCAAUUGACGGGCCAAUCGACGGAGGAUCAAGACGAUGGCCAAUGGACCACGGAGAUUAAGGAUGCUCUAUUGACAGUCAAUAAUCGGAUUCGCGAUGCGGAUAGGAAGAGUCGGGAGCUAGCCGAAGAAAUGUGGAAGGUCGUUCUCGCUGAGCGCGAAUUGGCAGCGAAAGAGAGAGAGCAAGAAAAGCAAGAGACGCAAGAGAAGCAAGAGACGCAAGAGAAGCAAGAGACGCAAGAGAAGCAAGAGACGCAAGAGAAGCAAGAGACGCAAGAGAAGCAAGAGAAGCAAGAGAAGGUCACCACGGACUCUUGA